AUGAUGAUGUUAACGCAUCUUGAUGACAAGAUUGCUACUCCAAAUCAUAUAUUCGCCCAAAAUGCUUCCAUAGUGAAUGGAAGUGGCAAUGAGUGCAAUUUCCCAGCCAUAUUUAACUUUGGUGAUUCAAACUCUGAUACUGGUGGCAUGGCUGCUGCCUUUGUACAACCACCAACACCUUAUGGGGAGACUUAUUUCAAUAGACCUACUGGAAGGUCCUCUGAUGGCAGAUUAAUCAUUGAUUUCAUUGCUGAUAGUUUUGGACUCCCAUUUCUAAGUGCAUAUCUUGAUUCUUUGGGGGCUAACUACUCACAUGGAGGAAACUUUGCAACGGCAUCAUCAACAAUCAAACUCACGCCUAUUAUUUUACCUCAGUUGAAUGGACAAAGCCCAUUCUUACUUGGUAUUCAGUAUGCUCAAUUUGCACAAUUCAAAGUUAGGACACAAUUUAUUAAACAGCAAGGAGGCGUGUUUGCAACCUUGAUGCCCAAAAAAGAGUAUUUUCAUAAAGCCCUCUACACAAUUGAUAUUGGUCAAAAUGAUCUUGGUGGUGGCUUCUAUCGAGUCAUGACUAUACAACAAGUGACUGCUGAUGUGCCUGAAAUAGUUAAAAUUUUCAAAAUAAAUGUUAAGGCAUUAUACAAUUUGGGGGCUAGAUCAUUUUGGAUACACAACACAGGACCCAUUGGUUGUCUUCCUUAUAUUUCCUUGAAAUUUAUAUUUGCUGAAAGGGAUCAAUAUGGUUGUGCAAAGCAAUAUAAUGAAGUAGCUCAACAUUUUAACCUAAAGUUGAAGGAAGCUUUGGACCAACUUCGUGAGGAACUUCCUCAAGCUGCAAUCACAUAUGUAGAUAUCUACUCAGUCAAAUACUCUCUUUUUAGUAACUCUGCAAAAUAUGGGUUUGAGCAGCCACUGGUUACAUGUUGUGGUUUUGGAGGGGAGUACAACUACAGCACUACUGUAGGAUGUGGACAAACUAUAGAGGUCAAUGGAUCUCAAAUAUUAGUAGUUCCUUGUGAAAAUCGACCUAAAAGAGUAGUUUGGGAUGGAAUUCACUACACUGAAGCAGCUAACAAAUUUAUCUUUGAUCAAAUUUCUACUGGGGCUUUCUCAGAUCCUCCCAUUCCAUUGAACAUGGCAUGUCAUAGAACUUCCAUCUAA